ACAGUGGAAAUUUAAAGAUGACUCCAUGGAAACUGCGACACGUGUUAUUAAGUUCCCCAUGUAAGAAGAACUAGUGAAAAUGGUGCAAUGCAAGCUUCAAGCGAGCACGUAGCUUAAUUAGUGAUACAGUGCAAAUAUCGUGCCACUUUCAUUUAUACUGCAUGCUUACGAAGUGACGAAUACGUAAUGAACAUAGCCGAUCUCAUUCCGAUCGAUCUCACCAAUGAUCGCGAAUAUCCAGUCGUAUGCAGUACAUCUUUAUCUGCUGGAACCGAUGCAAUCCACCGCUCGUUCGACUCAUCACCCAUUGGUUACGUCCACGUGCCUACACCAACGUACCCGUCGAUUGCUCCCGUAUCCGCUUCGGAUACGAGGAUUUUUCCGUCCACGUCAUUAGAACGCCGGUAUCCCACGAGGCGCACCACUAGUCUGAUCGGCACGAGUUUUCCUGCCUUAGCAGCGGCGGUAACCUCAAGUGAAAUUGAUAAAUGUUCUGAUGUUGCCGGUACCACGAUCCCGGCCAGUGCGCUCAAGUUGACGCCUCCUCGAUCUUCACCACCUGCCACGUUGUUACAGGCGAACGAUGCAGAACGUUCAUCGACGCCAAUAUUUGCGAUGGACUUUACGCGCCUUUGCAGCAGCAAAACCGGAGAGGAAAACGAUCGGUUGGCGAAGAACGUCGAGCUUUCGUUUGUCAACAUCGACACGGCCACGGAGGGAAUACAAUCCACGCCCAGCGGGAGUGGAUGUUCCACCGGUCUACGAUAUCCGACGAACUCGUCCAAUUCGUCUUCUUCGUCGGCAGCCGAUCUGUUGAACCACUGCGAUGUAAGUCUUUGGCGAAAGCGCGCACUUGAGAUAGAAAAAGAUUACAAAAAAUCGGCCUGUGAUCGCGAACGGACGAGAAUGCGGGAUAUGAACCGUGCUUUCGAUAUGCUUCGCUCCAAGCUACCCCACAAGAAGCCGUCGGGUAAAAAGUACUCGAAAAUCGAGUGUUUAAGGGUUGCAAUACAGUACAUACGACAUUUGCAACGUGAGCUCGAAUACCCCACCACACCGUCCCCAGAACCGAUCGAGUACAUGUAUGAAGUCGCUCCUGCCUUCAAUCCCAUCCCUGUGCCAGCGGGCGGCUACAUAAGUUUGGAUUCCAACAACAACAUGCCGAUUGCUGCAGUAGCUCACAACCACCAGUGGUUUAUUGCAAACAGUUCCGACGGGUACAGCUAUUACUAUCUUCCGUAGUCCUUUCGAAUUUUGUGUACAAGCCAAAAACAAUUUCCAUACAAAAGUAAUCGAGCAUAGAAUGUUUUAUAUACCAGUUGUAUAUCCCGUUUUCCAAUGGGCCGUUGAAUAUAAAUAUGAGCCUUACUAUGAAACAGUUGGGUGGAUUACGAUCUGCACCGAACCCGAUCAAGACGUUAGCUCUUCUCAAUUGCUUAAGUUCGAUUUCAUCAAUGCAAUCUGAAUAAAAAUUUUGUUAAAAAAGAGUUGAUACGGCACGUUGUCCAUCCAAAGAGAAUUGAUUUAACGCUGACAUGUAUUUUAACCAAAAUGUUUGGAUAAAAUAAAACCCGCACGUUAAGGUUACCCAACGAAUAGCUAUUGAACUCAAAAUCACAAGAUGGGUACAUUUUAUUGAA